AUGGGGUGGUCUGUUUACAGGUCUGGCCAGGCCAGGCCAGGCCAGGAACUAUACACUCAAAAAGAAGGUGCAUUUGGAAAAACUUUAGCUAUAAGUGGAUGUGAGAACAAUACUUCAAAUUACAAUCCGGUAAGUUGGUGGGACUUUUAUGGCAAUCAAACACCAAAUUUGAAAUUCAUGGCAAAGAGGAUCCUUGGUUUGACUACGAGUUCAUCGGGUUGUGAGAGAAAUUGGAGUGUCUUUGAAAGUGUGCACACUAAGAAGAGGAACCGCCUAGAUGUUACAAGGAUGAACAAUUUAGUUUAUGUCCAAUUCAAUGCAAGAUUGAUGAACAAAAGAAGAGGAGGAAAGAUAAAUUAG